CUUUAUAGAUACAAAAAUAACAACGGAUUUUAUAAUAGUGAAUUAGAAAAAAACGUAUUUAAAAAUGAGACGAUCGAAAAAAUAAAAUGGAUGAUAAUUUUUGCAAGUAUUACAUAAAAGUAUAACUAUUUCAUAAAAAAACAAACUUUUAAAUGGCAACGCGUAAACGCAAUGAUACAAAAGAGCAAGAUAUCUCUUACUUAGAAUCAGGAAUACACGUUUUGUCAAAUAUGAACGACACGUUUCUUAACACUCUUUUGGAGUUAUCUGAAAAUGAAAAAUUAUCAGAGGCGAGACCACCAUCUGUACAGCACAACAGACCAAGUUCUGUACUGUUUUCGCGUCCACCAAGUUCUAUACUUGUGUCUCGGCCUCCAAGUGCGGCAAUCUAUGGAAGACCACCAAGUUCUUCAAAGAGACCAAGACGUCCGCCUAGCACAAGUACUUUAAGACCACGACCGCCGAAUUCCGAACAUCCUGUUCGACGUCCACCAAGCGUUUCUACGAUUGCUAGACCAUCCAGUUCACUACGAAAGCCAAACUCUCUAAAAUGUAAAGUAUGCGCGGAAGGAUUUCGAUUUCCAGGAAAUACACCAUGUUUCGAUCAUUAUUGUGCCCCUUGCCUGGAAGAUCACAUAUUAUCAUUUAAACGAGGUACCGGGUGUGAUUGUCCAUUAUGCAGUAGUGGUAUACUUCUUCCACUUAAUAAAUUCAAAACAGAAAACAAGAGAUAUUCAAAUAAAUCUGACCUGAAUGUGUGUAACAAUUGUCAAGAUGCUCGACUUGCACAAUACAGAUGCGGGUCAUGUGAAGAAUUUUUCUGUGAGAAAUGCAAUAGAGAAUUUCUUAAGAGGAUGCGGAUAGACGGCAGCUUUAGCAACACGCAUCUUACAGAUCUUAGUGGAGAUAAUGCAAUACCUCUCGUAAUGCCCGGUGCUGAUCUGGAUGACGACUCAUUAGACUCUAUUUCUUUACCUUCUCUACUUCCAAAAGGUUUUGGUUUAAGAUGUAGUGAUCAUGAAGAAGAAGAGCUGAGAUUUCAUUGCAAACCAUGUGAUAAAUGUAUCUGCAGAGAUUGUAAAAUUCUUAGUCACGAAGGUCACGAGACAUUAGGAUUGGAAGAUGUUUACGAAGAGAGAAAACACCAUCUGUCACAGGCCUUAAAACUAUCGAAUGCCAAUAUACGUAAGCUUCAUUCAGAGUGUGCUGAAAUCAAUUCUAAACGCCUUGAAAUUGAUCAAGAAUCGAGAGACGCAGUGUCAAAAAUUGAAAACCAUGCUAAUGAGGCAAAAAGAAUGAUAGAUGAAUGGGCAAAAUCGAUGAUAAAGACAAUAAGAGUACAGAACACCCAAAGUCGGGGAAAGUUAGAGGAAUGUAGAGAUAUUGUUAAAGAAAAAGUGAAAUCCCUUCAAUCACUAGUUGAGAAGGGGACGGAACUGCUGGAAACGGACAAUGGAAUAGAUAUUGUUGAACAAGCUCCUAGACUGACAAAAGCUAAUAAAGAUGCGGAUAUCGCACCCACCGCAGAUAGAUUAUGGCGGAAGAAGUAUGUUUUCCAACCAACAGAUUUAAAGAGCUCAUACUCAAAGCAGAUGUUUGGUAAACUUCAAACAAUAGUUGAAGGUUUGCUGCAUGAAACGCCGUCUGUAGAAUUAGAGGUACAGACCACAUUUAACAGUGACCAACAAUAUAAGAGUACAACCGCUUUGGCUCCAAUGUCAGAUGGUACUGUAUGGGUCUGUAAUAGUUUCAAGAACAGGAUACAACAGUUCGAUGCUGAAGGAAACCUCCUCCAUACUGAAACACUGCACUUUGACGUAGACGACAUGGUUGAUGGACGCUCUGACGUAUUAUUCAUGACAGAGUUAAACGGCAAAACUAUCCGAAAACUAAACAAAAAUAAUAAACUAUCAAUUUUUGCCAGAGCUGAUCUGUAUUUGCGUGGUAUAGCAGUAUCUAAAGAUGGAAAACAUGUGAUCGCUUGCGGUAACGAUGUUCCGGUUGCCUGCCUAAGAGAAGCAGCUGUUGCUAAAAUAUAUUUGUUCAACAUGGCGGGAAAACUGACAAAAGAGUUCACUGUUGAUACUGGUGUUAAAGGAGUAAGCUUGUUCCGCAUUAGUAACACUAUCAAUGACGAAUAUGUUGUAUCAACUGGCGUCUCUGCUCUGUAUUACAUUUUUGGUGAACACGGUGAAUUAAAAUACCGAUAUAGAGCUGCAAGCUCCGCCGAUGGAGUUGCGUGUGAUGCGCAUGGUUUGAUAUAUCUAUCAGCAUGUAAAGACGACACACUUUAUAUUCUCGACUGCAAAGGAGUACCCAUACCUUCUACAUAUGCAAUGCAUAGGCCAACAGCCGUAGCUAUAGACCGCAAUGACGUCAUCUGGGUUGGUGAUUGGAGCAAAGUUCAUGUUCUGAAGUACAAAAACUAAUUGAACUAUAAACGACAAAAAAGAUAUAUCAGUAAGAGACUGUUGAGAUAUUAUUUAUUAAAAAGGAAUUAUAGACUAAAUAGUGUCCGAGCUUUUCCGUAGUUGAACUGAAAGCGAGGAAGUCAAAUUAAGAACGAAAGUCAUUCAAGUCUUUGUAUCUUGUAAUUAAGUUGAAGUUUACGAUUGAUAAUUAAAGUUCAUUUAUUGUA